AUACUAGCAUUGAUCCUCAUAUGAACCAAUUAAACUAUUAUAAUAAUAGUAAAUGCAUUAUGAGUCAAAUAUAAUUUCACUUCACUCGCUGUACAACGAGAAAUAUAAUACAUCAUAAUUUCAAAGAUAAAUAAACCUUCAAAUGUUUAUAUAUUAUAAGUAUUUGAGAAUGAAGUAACAAGAAAUGUACAGUUUCCAAGAUGUAACAUGAGAUUCGAGAAAAAAAGCACAUUAUAUUACAUUCUCUUGCUGAUUGCAUAUCUACCGUGACUAUUGCAACUUGCAACUUUCUCAGGUGCCUAUAAUUUUCCCGAAGAGUGCGGUACGUCGAGUGCAACGUUCUCAUGUAACAGUUGACUCGUAUUACGCUUGAUUUAUCAGUAGUGCAUUUGUAGUGCUUCGGGGUUCGGGUUAACAGUGAGAAUGACAUAUAACAUGCAAAAGGCUCGUAGUAACAAUCGGACAAAAAGUGUUGAUUGUGAUCGUGGGUAGCAGCCGGUAAAGAAAUGGCAAUUUCUGCUUGGAUGAUUUGGGGUAGGAGCCUUCGUACGAGCAGAUCUCAUCGAAGCCGCCAAGACAGCGAAGACAGCUGUGUGCAACUUGAUCUGUCAAGAGGAUUAAGGGAAAAUGUGAAAGAAGUUUUGACCAAUCUUUGUCAACGUGAAAAUGUUCCAAGUGUAAAAAAGUUAGCUUAUCUUAAUGCUAUUGUUAAAUUAAUUAGUGAAAAUGAUUCAGCAGAUUAUGGGUAUUCCCUCAAUAAUAUCCUUUGCUGUUUACGACUUGGACUUGUUCAUGAAGCGACACAAGUUCGUGCAGCUGCACUACGUGCUGUACGAUAUAUGCUCAAGAAAGAACAAGAUGUUGUUACAAUUAAUAAAUUACAAUAUCCAUACUUCGUGGCUAGAAGUAUGGAUAUCAAUUUACGGAACGAAAUGGAAAGAAUGCAAGCACUCAGACUUGUUCGAAGGAUUUUAGUAUUAGCUCCAAAACAUUUUAGUCCUAUUUUAGCAAGAUCUUUAAUAAGUUUAACAAAUGGCGGAGUUGAAGAAAAAGAUGGGACACUUCGAGUAUUUCUAGCAACCCUUUGCGAGUUGGGUGUUUUAAAUCCGAAUUUGUUAAUCAGUUGUGGAGGAGUCGGUGCCCUCGCAAGAGCUGCCAUGACUGGACAAAGCCCUACUGUAAUUGAAUCUGUUGUAGGAGUCUUACUAAAAUUAUUAAAUACUCCUGAUACCAGGAGUACUGUUUCCCUUUUAUGUUUUGCAGCUCCCUAUUGCGAGUUGCACUCUGCAAAUAUAAAUAAGUCAAAAGAAGAAAAAGACCGAUUUGUGUCAAGCAAAUUAGCACUAUUAAGUAUUUUAAGAUCGUAUUCUGGAUUUUUACAUUUUUGUCGACCUGACGAUAAUUCAGGAUUGAAAGCUAUAGCAGAUAUGCUGUAUGUCGAACAACUUGAAGUAAGAGGUGCUGUUUUAGAAUUACUUUAUGAGCUGUUGGAUUUACCUUUGCCUACUUGGACAGAUGAACCUGAUGUUGCUUUGGCAGCAGUAGAUCCCAAUAGAGCUCGUGAUUCUUGGAAACUGUCGGAAGGUUUCGUCGCAGCUGAGGGAAAGCAUAUUCUGCCAUCUUUAUCAUCACGUUGCCCAAAUAUUACAGAAAUACACUUAUCAUUAUUAGUUUAUGCUCUACUGGAAUGUGGUCUACAUCGCGCUCUAGCAGAGACGAUAGUUUCUACUGACACUUUCAUCUCUGUACGUGCAGCUGUAUUAUUGGGCGCAUUAUUACAUCUCGCACAUUCUCUUCUGCCCUCUGAAGUGUGCGAUCUAACACCACCUUUACCAAAUUUAUUGGAACAUGCAAGCACUGGAAAACAUCAAGCUCUAGCAGCUGUUACCAUUCUGGAACGGAUGCACACUAUGAUGCGACGAAGACCAGCACCUGCGAGUCUGUUUCUUGAUAAAAUCUUACAAGCUGGUACUUGGUUAAGGCCAACAUUUCCAAAGCGUCAACGAACGUCUAGUAGACAUUGGCUGCGCAGAGAAUCACCUACCACGCCUCUUUUGAAAGAUGCUCAAGUCCUCAGUUCUAAAGAUGCUCUUGCAUGGAAUUGGCCAGUAAUACGAUCUAUAUUACGCUCACGGGAGGAUACAGGACGAAUACUACACGAUUCAGACCACAGAUUAUUUAUGAAAAGACUUGUACGCUAUUUUAAACCAUGUUCAAACGGCUACAGUAGAAUUGAGUUAGCGACAAAUGCUAAUUUGGCACGGGAGGCGACAUUAGCUGGUUGUGACUUGUUGAAUUGCUUGCUGGAAAUUCCUGAACCUGAGAGUACAAAAUUAUUAUUUGAAUUAAUUGCAGAUAUUGACGAGCAAAUUUCUUGCAUCCGAACAGCUCAAUCCGCUCACGAGUGCUUAUUUUCGCCUCGACAUAUGUCUACUACAUGUUGUCAAAAGUAUUUUCUUUUUCUUGGACAGCUGAGUCAUUCAGCAAAGGGAACUAGGAUUCUAAAAGAAUAUCAACUAUUAGGAAAACUACAAGAUUUGGCUCUGGCUACUAAUCACGACUGUUACGUUAAACUUAUACUAUCAAGCUUAGACUAUUCUAGGGAUGGACCUAAUAGAAAAAUAUUUACAAAGAUUAUUACGGAAGCGACGUUAGACAGUACACGUCUAUAUGCUACACAGUUCCUUCGACUGAUACUCAGAGCCAGAAUGGCCGAUGCCUAUAAUUGGGCAAUAACAUUAUUGUCAGAAAGGCUAUCAGAUUCCAAUAAAGUUGUAGCCUUAACUGCGUUAGAGGCAUUACACGAAGCGUGCGAGGAACCGGAGUAUUUAGAAGCUUUAUUGCAGCGAGGAAGCCAAUCUCGAGACUGGGAUAAAUGGCUUGAGGAAUUAGGGGAUAAAGGCUAUUUGCUAAAAAUUCGAUUGUACUCUCUUCACCAAGGUUUCACCACGCUUUCGUCGCCUGCGGAAGAAUUAGAAAAAUGGAUCAGCCCGGGAGGUUUUGCAGAGAGAUACGUUGGCUUAAUAGAAGGCGAAAUACAUGAUUCAUUGACCCGUCGUCAAAGGAACGAAACAGGAAAUUAUCAUAGAAGAACAACUAACGUCCCCAUGACACCACACAAUAUUUUUAUUCUACCACAUUUAAUAGGUCAAUUAGCGCAACACGAUCUAGGCGUCCAACUAUUGUUACGUCGAAAUGUGAUACAGCGCUUUACUCGAGUUGUUCAAAGAUUUAGACUCGAAUACGGUAACAGAGAUUCCGAGUCGAACUCAAGGUGUACCAAAACUAACCGAUCCGUGAUCGACGAUCCUUACGCGAUGUCUGAGGAGUCCGGUACAGAUGAAACAGUAGAAUCAAAUAGACUCGAAACAAUAAUGGAUUCCGAGAUUAUGGAGAGUGCGGAUGCGUGUUAUCCGCAGAAGGUUGACUCUUUGGUCGAUGUACGACGGAAGACAAGUCUUGAUGAUUCUAGACGAACCACUCCAGAACGGAGUUGGAGAUUGGAGCCUGAAUCUCGGGAAGAUCAAAUCUCCAAUUUACAGAAAAGAAUUCUAAAAGUAAAAUCCGCGCUAUGGUCGCUCGGACACAUGGGGACCUCGGCAGCAGGAGUAGAACAGUUGAAUCAUUUAGGAAUUAUAGAAUUAUUAACUUCCAUGGCAGAGACGUGUCCGUAUUACGUUGUACGAGCUACAGCUAUGUACUCUCUCAGUCUCAUCGGCACUACUCGUGCAGGUGCAGAUGCACUGGCAUCUUACGAUUGGCCAUGUGUCAGACAUAGACGUGGUGAUCAUUGGCCAGUACUUCCUCCUACGAGCAGACAUACAGCACCGAGUCCGAUUCCUAUACAACGCCAUCACCGGAGUCUCAGUGAUGGCAAACCUGAACUACCCGAACCAAUAGCACGAAGAACCAGAAACCGAUCUGAAAGCGCAGCCACGGAUCUCGAAGCUAGACGCUAUGCUUUACCAGAGAGGGGAGAAACUCCGAGUCCUGUUUCAAGUAUUCAAAGAUUAAGCCAACAAGAUGCUGAAGGGUAUGCAAGACUUCGUAGUUUACAACGUCAUCGGAGGCCGAGUUAUUCUCAAAGUAGUUUGGAGAUGUAUAGCUUAGACGGUCGACUGUCAUUACAAAGCUUAUCCGAAUUUGAUUCGUCCCGUACCUGGAUUACGGAUCAAGUACUCACUCCAACGCCGCCACCUCCUGAGGAUAGUAAUGAUAAGUUAUAUUACUUGGGUAUCGCCCUUCCAAAGAGACUCAUCACUAUUUUUCCGGAACUACCACACGCAUCGGUUCCAACUAUAACUCUGGAUGAGGCACCUAAAUCUGAUAUAGAAACGAUUGAAGUAGACGAAGAGUCGAGUUCAGAAUGUGAUGUAGACGCAGAGCAUUAUCGUAUAUGUUUAGUCUGUUAUCAUGGUAAAAGUAACAAUCGAGAUGCGCUUCCUGAGAAAGACUUAAAGCUACAGAGGAAAAUACUUAGGCACGCACAACGGUUGGCAAACCCUGUAUGGUAUCGUAAUAGCCGGCAAGCCUUGCUUAGACUGAGGCAAUUACAUUCAGAGAGAUUUCAGGAUAUUUGUUUGUUUUCGGAUGUAGCUGUUCGUUUAGGUAGUAACACAUAUAGAUUGCCAGCACGACGAUUUUUACAAGAGUUAUUUCUAGAUUCUAAAUUUGAAGCACUUUAUGAAGAAGCAGUUAACGUUUUAAAGCUGAACGAUAUCAAUGACGAGAAACCACUACAAUCGCCAAGUUCUACUUUGCCCGUGGCACUUGAACCCAAUUCCCGUGUGCCUUCAGAAAGUAAGAUCAACGGGCGACUUACAAUUUCUGAGAUUCAAGUAACACAGUUGGACGCAGUCACCGAAGAGGCCAGUGGCAAUGCUUGCGCAGAUCAGCAAUGCAACAAAACGCAAGAGCCUCAGCGUAAAUCAGAACGACGGAGCGACGAAAAAAUAAUAGCCGAAAUUUUGAAGCCAGAGGAAAGGAUACGUCUGUCAAAAAGUUCCGAUAGAUUGUUAAAAGUAUCAGGUACAAACACUGCCAUCAGCCUUGAUUAACCACCAACAAUGCAAUUGUAAAUAUUUUGUACUAAAAUAAUUAUGAAGUAUGAAAUAAAUUACACUGCCAAAAUUGAA